AACGCCAACACACAAACGCAUAUAACCACGUCCACGCUGUCUCCCUCCUUUCGCUGCUGAUGAUUUCGUUUGCGUGCGCAGCCAAUCUAAGUAGACCCUGUGUCCACAACGUUACCGCUCGCUGUCCUCAUUUCAGGGAAAGGUCUUAUGCCAUCAUGGCCCGCAAAGGAGCAAGUGUUGGAGGCGGCUACAAACGCGGCGGCGCCAGCGGAUCUAACAAACACGGCAGAGCGACCCACAAGAGACCACCGCUCACGCAUUUUGUGUGCAUACCGUUGGUUACAGAUGUCACUCGGCCGCAACUUGACGCGUCCCUCUCUCGCUUUCGGGAUCUUCUUGCGGAAAACAACAAAGGCGUCGACGGACCCGCUUCGGCGCAGACGUUUGUGCCCGUGAAGGCUGUCCGACCGGUUGGCACGAUCCACUUCACCCUCGGCGUCAUGAGUUUGACCUCCGUCGACAGGGUGAGCGAGGCGAUCGGCUUUUUACAAAGCCUCGACCUAAGGCAACUCAUGCAGGAGGUGUUGCUUGAGAGGAAGAGCGACAACGGGGUGGCGCCGUGGCCUUUGAAGAUAUCGCUGACGUCUCUGCAUUCCAUGCAUCCACCAGAGAACACCUCGAUCCUGUACGCGGGUCCCCAGGAUGCCAACGACGUUCUGAGCCCUUUCUGCGCAAAGCUGUCCCAGAUGUUCAGGUCCGCUGGUUUCACCUCGGACGACAGACCGCUCAAGCUUCACGCGACCAUUUUGAACACCAUCUACGCCAAGGCUGGGGGUCGUGGACGGCAGCCUGUUCCGGCGGGCCCACGAGGCGAGAGCUCGUCGCAGGCCACGUCUGCCCUACGGCGUCCCCAAGAUGCAAAUGACGCCAAGUCAACGAUGGCCGGAGAGGGAGGCUCAGCUCAAGACGAUUCUGGAUCUGAAAGACAAGGAAGGGAUCAGGACACCUCGCGAGGCCACGGGCCAAAUGCGAGGGCCCCCAUUCGGCUCGACGCGACCUCUUUGCUGGAGGAGUGCAAAGAAAUCGUGUGGGCAUCAGACUUCACGUUGGAAAAGAUUGCACUGUGCAAGAUGGGCGCAAAGAAAGUGUUCGGCGACGACGGCGAGGUCGUCGAUGAAGAGUACGAGGAGGUCGCCUCCGUACCGCUACCAUUGUGAAUAGGAU